AUGUCAGAAAGGUUGCAUGAAAGAGUAACUAGGUCUUACACAUCACCAUCACGUUCAACUUCUUUACGAAAACCUGCAAUGAGACUUUCACCAAGAAAAAUUACAAGUCCACAAAAUUAUAGAAUACCUCCUAAACGACUCGAGUCCCCAGAUGCUUUAAAAUCAUACCAACACAGGAUUCAAGAUAGGUUGAAUAGUCAAAGUACAACACAUAAUGUUAGUAAUUUACUUGCAGUCUCUGAAAAUCGAGCGUUAACGUAUAAUUCUCCAUUAAAACCAAAAACUAAAGAUAAGGAUAUAUCAUCAUCUUUUCCUUCUUUGAUACCUAAUCCAAACAGCGUUGUAUCGCCUAGACGAGAGAUUCCCAUAGAUCUUUCACCAAUUAGAGGUAAAAAUAUUAUAUCGAAAUUGAAACAAGAAAUGAGUAAAAUUGAGGCAUUAGAUAGAAAUAAAAUGAUAUCUAAGAUAAGUAAAAAAGAGGAACCUAAGAAAUCGGUUCGAUUUGAUGUCUCAGAAUCUAAAAAAACCUAUGAAGGACUAGAUACCAUGAAGAAUAAAACAUCAUUUUUAUCUAACUCAAAUAUAUCGGUUGAAAAAAUUUAUGAAGAAUUGAGUGACAUAAAAAAGAUGCUAACUCUUAUUAUUAAAAAGCAGGAGGCCCAAGAUUUAUUACUGAGUGAUAUAUUAAUUAAACAUAAUAAAUUAGAAGAAGAUACGAAAACGUAUACAAUAAAAGAGGAAAAGGACAAAGAUUAA